AUCAAAGUUUACCGUCCUUAUCGCUAAACGCGUCCCUCCAAUGAUCCCAUUUCUUCCCUGUCAACCCUCGAAUUUACAAAUUCCAGAUUAACACAAAAAUAAAUUAGAAUCAAGGUCAAAAUAAUCACACACAGAGAAAACAGAUCAUCACGCGCCAAUUCGAUCCAGCAUCCGCACCGGCAUCUUGUAGAACAAUGGAUCCGCCCAAGCCCACCACCGAGGCCGACGCCAAAACGCACACUCCGGCCGCCCAGGAUCCGAACCCGAAAGCCGCAGCCCAAGCUCCGAACGGGGAUCGGAACUGGGCGAGCUUCGUGACGGCCUCGCAGGCUCAGGCUCAACCGACUUCGACGGAGGCAGUCUCCACCCCCACGGGUUCGGGGUCGAAGAAAUCGGUUCAUUGGAGCCCGGAAUUGGUGUCGGAGUCCCACAAUACCGCCGCUGCGUCGGAUCAUUCUUCCCAUCAGGGAUCCGCUCCCUCCCCUAUGCUCUCACAAUCUUUCUCAUUCAAAGAUUCCGUGGACACUGUACGGAACGUGUUUGGGAGAUGGAGGAAGUCGGUGGGGGAGGCUACUAAGAAGGCGGAGGAUCUCGCUGGAAACACAUGGCAGCACUUAAAAACAAGCCCCAGUUUCGCUGACGCUGCCAUGGGAAGAAUUGCACAAGGAACAAAGGUCCUUGCAGAAGGUGGUUACGAGAAGAUCUUUCGAUCAACUUUUGAGACAACUCCCGAGGAGCAACUUCAAAAUUCAUUUGCAUGCUACUUGUCCACAUCAGCUGGUCCAGUCAUGGGAGUUUUAUAUGUUUCUACUGCAAAACUUGCCUAUUGUAGUGAUAAUCCCAUUUCAUACAAAGCUGAGAGCCAAACUGAAUGGAGCUAUUACAAGGUGGUUAUCCCGUUACAUCAGCUUAAAGCAGUUAAUCCUUCAUCAAGUAGAUCCAAUCCUGCUGAAAAGUACAUUCAGGUUAUCUCUGUCGAUAACCAUGAGUUCUGGUUUAUGGGAUUCUUAAAUUACGACGGUGCAGCCAGCUGCCUACAAGAAGCUCUCCAUGCGCGGAGCUCAUCUGUUUGAUAAAUUCUUUGCGGCACAGAAUUUUUUUCCUUUUUCGCAUCGUAAGAUGUUUUAUAACUGAUAAAUUUAUAGAUUAAAUUAUUUGACGUUGUACCAUCUUGACCUGUUGGUUAUGUAUGCUACACUUGUGAAUUUUGUUUGAAGUCGUGUGAAAAUUAGAUCAACUAAUAUUACGUUUUCCAUAAGAUUGUA